UUAAAAACAAGAUAUUAUAAUUGGCGCGCGGUGCGGAAUGUCAUCAUCGUUGUUGAAAUGACGUUCAGGACGUCCUACUCAAAACUAGGAAAUGGACGAGGAAAUGUUGCAAAAACACAAAUCGAUACAACUACCAAAUUGUUAGUCAAGGCACCCAUUCAUUGCCAGUAAUGCAAUCAUCGUACGAGACUUUGUAACAAGCUGAAAGCGACACCGCGGAAUAUUCAACCCGAAGUACAAGCGUGGGCGCGAACUAAAAUUGGAUAAUUUUAAAUCAACCUCUAAAAAUCCCAUCGUUGUCUUAGUGUUGUCUGCGCCGCCCGGGCCGAUCGAGGGCAGAGAGUUGAGUUCGGGUUCUCGGGAAUACUUCAGCUUCAGUCGUUCGUCAGCUCAGAGAAACAACAUCGCUGCAACUCCCACUUCUUUCGGGGUUUCUUUAUACAGUGAUCGAACAGUUGUCAAAGAAACAGAAGUCAUGAAUUGGAAUUGUUUCAGUCUGUUGUGUUGGAUCUUCCUGCAGCUAUUGACUGAGUAUUCGUUUGUUAAAAGCGAGAUCCCAGCCUCAUUGCUGUAUGGACUGAAAGAUGUACACACGAUCGAGGAUCUCAUGAAAGUGGUAUACAUACGACCAAAUCAAGCCAAGGGAUUCACAGGAAGCUCAUCGGUUGAUAGACGAAUACCUCCGAAAAUGGUUCCGAUCAUCUCUCGGCAAUCUUCGGAAGAGUCCGAAGAGGAAACUGAUGGUGCAGCUACUACUGGAGCAAACAAACCGUCCGCGCUGCUGAGAUUCCAUGGAAUGGAUGGCCCAGCUAGUCUGCAAAUGGCAUCAAUAGCUGAAAUGCCGAGGUGUGAGCCGCGAUCGACACUCCUAGCCACAUCCGAGGUCAUUGACGAAGGACUAACUGAGAACGAGGUUGAGUACGCUAUCUACUGGCCUCCAUGUAUCACAGUUAACCGGUGCGGAGGUUGCUGCUCCACUGAAAUCUUGCAAUGUGCUCCAAAUAACACAAGAACAAGAGAAAUGCAGGUCUUACGCCUAACUGCUGAUCAACAAUCUACCCAAAUUCAGCUGAGCGGACUUAUUUCCAUCUCUGUACGGGAAGACGAAUCGUGUUCAUGCGAAUGUAGGAUCAAGCCACAGGACUGCCAUCCCACCAGAGAGAUUCAUAGAAACUGUCAGUGUGAAUGCGCUGCAGAGUAUGAGUGCCCUGACGGAAUGGUAUGGGAUGCUAUACGAUGUAACUGCGUCUGUAACAUGCCAAUACAUGAAAGGACGUGUAGAAGAAGAAAGCAUUAUUUCAAUGAGGAUAUCUGUGGAUGCCAAUGUUUAGAAAGACUCGAAGCAGGCUGCCGAUCUCCAUAUGUAUUUAAUCCACAAACUUGCAAAUGCCAGUCCAGAUCGAGAUCAAGAAGACAGCCAUUUUCACCAUCAUCAUCAUCAUCAUCGUAUCCAUGA